CACAAGAACUUAAAAUAUCGAUGCCAACAGUUCUGGUCAGAAGAACGCUAUCCAAGAUGUGCGCCGCGCUAACUCCCCGAGAAUCUGGUGAACACAUUGUGCGCCAUGCGAAAUAUUUAACAGUUGUGCCCGCCGGCGUUGACCGGCUGGUCGAGGAGAUUGUUGGCGGCUUAAUAUCGAAACGCAUCGACGUAGCCAACUUUUCGCAACAUGAGCUGCAUCCCAAGCCGAGUGAUGGACACGCAGCUAACUGGAUUUUUAUUGUGGACACUCUCAACUUUUGCUUCUGGACGCCACAGAACUAUACCAAGUAUAAGGUAAACGGUUAUACGGGCUACUUUGCACUCUGCGCCGCCAUCAAUCGGGCUAUGGCGGAUGGCUUGGACAUAACGAACCCAGAAUUCUACUCGAAAAUCGAGCUGUCGACAUUGACCAACAUAUUCCGACCCGACGAUGCGGUGACAAAGAUCCCGCUGCUGGAGCAGCGGCUGGAGUGCCUGCAUCAGGUGGGGGAGCGCCUGCUAAGUAAAUGGCAGGGAAGCUUUGAGAAUGUGGUCAAGGCGGCCAACCGCUCGGCAAUAGCUCUGCUGCAGCUGAUUGUGGACGAGUUUCCCUGUUUCCGGGAUCAGGCGGAGUUUGCCGGCAAACGUGUAUCCAUUUUCAAGCGCGCACAGAUACUCAUCGGCGAUUUGUGGUCCUGCUAUCGGGGCGAAGGACUUGGCUACUUUGAGGACAUCGGGAAGAUAACCAUGUUUGCCGACUAUCGCAUCCCACAGGUCCUGGUGCACUUUGGCAGCUUGGAGUACACACCCGAGCUGCUGGAGGUGCUGCAGAAGGACACCAUCUUGCAGAACGGCGACGCCAUGGAGGUGGAGAUACGCGGCGCCUCCAUUUACAUAAUCGAACAGGUCAAGGACGCUGUACUGGAGAUCUUGAAGCAGAAACAUCCAGCUGUAGAUGUGCGCAAUGUCAACUCCAUACUCAUCGAUCAACAUCUGUGGGACUACAGACGCGCCCAUGCCGCCGAAUUGGAGUACAUUCCAUUCCACAAGGUGUUGAGCAUUUACUACUGAAUACUGCAGCGAUUCACAAAUAAAGUUUAUAUACUUUUGUAAAA